UAAUUUUAUUCCUGAUAUUUAGUUGUAUUUUUUGUUUCUUUCCUUGUGGAGAGCCAAAAAGUCUCCAAAGUCUUCACGUCACCCUCUUCCUCAAUCUCUGCACCCACCCCUCCUCCUUCUAUAAGUACUACUCUUCAUAUCUCUCUCUACCAAAAUAUCAAAACACGAGACAGAUUUGAUUCCAUUUUUAUUACUGUUACUAUCAUCCAAACCCUUGGUAUUUGUAGCCAUGAGUCUUGUUUCAGAUCUCAUCAACCUUAACCUCUCAGACUCCACUGACAAAAUCAUUGCUGAAUACAUAUGGGUUGGUGGUUCUGGAAUGGACAUGAGAAGCAAAGCCAGGACUCUACCUGGACCAGUGACUGACCCUUCGCAGCUACCAAAGUGGAACUAUGAUGGUUCAAGCACAGGCCAAGCUCCUGGUGAAGACAGUGAAGUCAUCUUAUACCCUCAAGCCAUAUUCAAGGAUCCUUUCCGUAGAGGAAACAACAUUCUUGUCAUGUGCGAUGCGUACACUCCCGCGGGUGAACCAAUCCCGACUAACAAAAGACACGCUGCGGCUAAGGUCUUUAGCAACCCUGAUGUUGCAGCUGAAGUGCCAUGGUAUGGUAUUGAGCAAGAAUACACUUUACUCCAGAAAGAUGUGAAGUGGCCUGUUGGUUGGCCUAUUGGUGGUUAUCCCGGCCCUCAGGGACCGUACUAUUGCGGUAUUGGAGCAGACAAAUCUUUUGGCAGAGAUGUUGUUGAUUCUCACUACAAGGCCUGCUUAUACGCUGGGAUCAACAUUAGUGGCAUCAAUGGAGAAGUCAUGCCGGGUCAGUGGGAGUUCCAGGUCGGUCCAGCUGUUGGUAUCUCGGCUGCUGAUGAAAUUUGGGUCGCUCGUUACAUUUUGGAGAGGAUCACAGAGAUUGCUGGUGUAGUGGUAUCUUUUGACCCGAAACCGAUUCCCGGUGACUGGAACGGUGCUGGUGCUCACUGCAACUACAGUACCAAGUCAAUGAGGGAAGAAGGCGGUUACGAGAUCAUCAAGAAAGCAAUCGAUAAAUUGGGACUGAGACACAAAGAACACAUUGCUGCUUACGGUGAAGGCAAUGAGCGUCGUCUCACAGGACACCACGAGACUGCUGACAUCAACACUUUCCUUUGGGGUGUUGCGAACCGUGGAGCAUCGAUCCGAGUAGGACGUGAUACGGAGAAAGAAGGGAAAGGAUACUUUGAGGACAGGAGGCCAGCUUCGAACAUGGAUCCUUACAUUGUCACUUCCAUGAUUGCAGAGACUACAAUCCUCUGGAAUCCUUGAUGAUCAUCAGAUCAAGAAAAAAUCUUGAAUGUCACUCAAAUUUGUGUUUCUUGCAAGAUUCAAAGUUUGUGUUCUCUAUCAAGCAAUGUCUUAGGAUAAGUCAAAGAUUUGCUCUGCUUAUUCUGCUUUUUAUUUACUUCACAUCCUAUUGAAAACAUUUCUGUGUAUUAUUUAUGAAUAAACAUUAUCUUAAAAGGGCUGAUUUAUUUACUAAUGCAUGCAUUCACCACUUAAGAUCCAGAAUUUGUUUUUUUUUUUUUGCAUUUUGAUUCAUAUAAGAUAACAACU